UCUAUCCUACUCUUCAAAUAAAAUUUAUUUCUUUUAGAUAUGGCUUCAAGUGUGGGACGUAAUUCAGCAGGUUUUCAUCCAAGCAUUUGGGGGGACAAAUUCAUCCCCUCCAGUGACUCAGCUCUUAAGAAAACUGAUGUGGACUGCCAAGAGGAAGAGAAGCUCCAACUGCUAAAACAGGAAGUGAAGAAGAUGCUGACUGGUGCAGAGAUUCCUCUGCAAGAGUUGAUAUGCUUAAUUGAUGACAUUCAACGUCUGGGGCUGUCUUACCACUUUGAAGCCGAGAUUGAUAAAUUAUUACACUGCGUCAAGGAUAGCUUUAUCGACUAUUAUGGCACUAAGAAUAAUGAUAAUUUACAUGAUGUUGCACUAAGUUUUCGCCUACUUAGACAAGAAGGGCAUAAUGUUUCAUCUGACGUAUUCUCCAGAUUCCAGGACAGCAACGGGAAGUUUAUGGAGGAAUUGGCUAAGGAUGUGAGAGGAAUGCUAAGUUUGUUUGAAGCAUCACACAUGAGAGUGCAUGGAGAAAGUAUACUGGAAGAUUCUCUUGAAUUUACCACCUCUCACCUUAAUUCAUAUCUGGAUUCCAACCCGAAUGUUCCACUAGCAGACCUUGUUCGUCGUUCAUUGAAGUACCCCCUGCGUAAGAGUUUUAAUAGGAUGGUGGCAAGGUUUUACAUUUCCAUCUACCAAAAACUUGAGUGGCAUAAGCAAGUGCUGUUGGAAUUGGCAAAAUGUGAUUUUAACCUAGUGCAAAAGGUUCAUCAAAAUGAGCUAGGUUAUAUCACAAGGUGGUGGAAAGAUUUAGAUUUCAAAAACAGAACUCCUUUUGCAAGAGAUAGGGUAGUAGAAUGCUACUUCUGGAUAACAGGGGUGUACUUUGAGCCCCGGUAUGCAGCAGCCCGAAAAUUUCUAACCAAAACUAUCUCCUUAACAUCCAUAAUUGAUGACAUAUAUGAUGUGUAUGGAACCCCAGAAGAGCUUGUGCAACUCACUGAUGCGAUUGAUAAAUGGGAUAUGAGUAUCUUAGAUGAGCUGCCGGAGUACAUGAGAUACGCUUAUAAGCCUCUAUUGGAUGUUUUUGCUGAAGCUGAAAAGGAGAUAGCAAAGGAAGGGCUGCCGACGUUUGGAGUCGAUUAUGCUAAAGAUGCAUUCAAGAAGUUGACAGUAACAUAUCUCCACGAAGCUAAAUGGCUCCAGACCCAGUACUUCCCAUCGUUUGAGGAGUACAUGAGAGUUGCCCUUGUUUCUGGGGCGGUCAAAAUGCUCUCAGUCGCAAGCUUCGUGCGAAUGGGUGACAUUGCAACCAGAGAAGCAUUCGAGUGGCUGUCUAAAGAUCCCUUAGUUGUCAAUGGUUUAUCCGUGAUUUGCAGACUCAGCGACGACAUUGUGGGACAUGAGUUCGAGAAUCAGAGACCCCAUAUACCAUCAGCUGUGGAGUGCUACAUGAAAUCACGUGGUGUUACAAAGGAAACUGCUUAUGCUGAAUUACGGAAACCCAUCAUAGAAGCAUGGAAAGACAUGAACGAGGAAUGCCUCCUUCCAGAAGCCCCUCCUAAGCCGUUGCUCGAAAGGGUCUUCAAUCUGGCUCGUGUCAUAAACUUUCUUUAUGACGGCCAUGAUGGAUACACACAUUCCUCAACCAGGACAAAAGAUAUGAUAACCUCGGUUCUCAUAAAUCCCAUUCCAGCAUAAGCCUCCAACAUUAUUAAUUAUAAAUCCCAUUCCAAAAGAUAUAUAUGUAAUAUGUGGCUUUUGGUACUGUUCGUUGUUUCAAUAAUCUAUAAGACCUGUGAGCUGGGCGGCAGGAGCUUUUCUGUAUGUACUACUCCUAAUUAAUGAAUAAGACCUGUAAGGUUGGAGCUAUGGUCUCUGUAAUAAGCAUGCAUGUAGCAGUACUGUUGUACUCUUUCAUAUUAUAAUAUUAUUAAUUACUCCUUCCGUUUCAAA